UUUGGUAACGUACCCUAACCUUAUUUAGUUUUUGCCGCUUGUUUCAUAAGUGCGUCUUAAGCCCCUUUUGGGUAAAUAGCCCCAAUUUAGUGUUUGUUGGUGUCCAGAAAUUGAAGAAAUUGCUCAAAUUACCGAUGUUUUUACGAUUAAUGGACGGCGCUGUGAAUGAUCCUUGUCGCCGAUUAAGUGGUACGAAAACUGAAAAAAUGGACGAAUUUUCCUCACAGCACCAUUCACAAUCGGAAAAACUCAACGAAAAGGUUUUCCUCGCACUAAAAAACCAUACACCUGUCUCAAAAAAACUGAAAAAAAACAAAAACACGCCACACGUUCUGCACUCCGGCAAUUUCCACUUUUCCCCAACGUCAACUCGAAAUUCCCCUAUCGUGAAAAUUCAUCCCCUCUCGAGAAAAUCGUAAGGUUUCAUUGAUUUUAAAUCUAGUCGGCCGGGGGAAGAUUGGGGUGGUUUUGGCCGAAGUUAGGGUGAAACAUUUGACGGGCGACAAGCGUGAAUCACAGAGGGUGCGUGUCUAGACCAAAUAAUCAGAAAUUCCGUUUCUUUUCAUUAAAUUUAAGGGAGAAUUAGAUUUUUUCGAAUCGUUUAGGGAUUUGUUGUUUGUCAAGUUUGACAAUGUUUUUCUUUUAAAUAAUCAUCUUGCUUUCGCAGUAAUUAUACAUUACUUUAUGUUUUCCACCCAAAUGCGCGAAGGACGUUAAAAACGUAUAGAAAAUUUCGAAAGUAGCACUUUAUUUAGAGUACAAAUAUUUAAGGGUUAGGAUAUGAAAAGAUGUAGAAAAUAAAACGUUCCCGUCCUAUGUUUUCAGACCAAUGAAUUUGAAAAAAAAAUUGUAUACCGUUUAACACAUAGCAAAGAAAAAAAUAUAGGCACAUAGAAUAUUAAAUUCUCCAUAGUAGGACAUAAACAUAAUACAAAAAUUUUAUCGUAAACUAUAUUUAAAAAAACUUGUACCAAUUUGCACUCUACCCCAUAUUUUUCAAAACGCUGUGAAUAGAGUUACAGAUGCAAGAAAAAUGUUAAAAAGAAAGUUGUAGAAAAUUAAAUUUUUUACAAAAAAGUCCGGGACACCAUGUUUUUAUGAAGAUAAAAACAUGAAGAUAAACUGUUGAAGAACAGUUUAGGUAUAAAUUACGUUUCCGUUACUUGAGCGUUUUUGAACGUUUUUAGAACCUAAACUGUUGACGAUAGAGAUAUGGCGUCACGAAUUUUUUAUAUUAAAUUUAUUUCUCUACAAAUUUCUUCAAAAUUAUUUCCUUGUAUCUUUAACUAUAUUCGCAAAGUCUUGAAAAAUACGGGACGAAACGCAAAUUGUAAAAUUUUAAUAAUUUUUUUUCUCGUAUUUUUUUAUGAAAAUUUUAGACCAUUAAGAGUACAAAGCUCAAUAUUUUCGCGUUUUUUUUCAAGUAAUAGUGAAUUCGUUGGGUUUAAAUAAAUUUGGCGCCGAAACAAUAUAACGUUUGAAGCGCCCUCAUUUUUACUCCACCGGACUAUUUUUUUGGGUUCAGAUAAUUUUGAGAUUUCGUAUUUUCUUUCGUCUCCUAACUUAUAGUCCUCCGUAGCAUUCUCUAGUUUAGGGAUUUGCCAAUUGUCAAGUUUGUUGAUUUAGUAACAAAAGACGUCAAUAAUGUUUUGCUCGUAAAGUCUUCAAUUUUGGAAAUAAUUCUCCAAAAUAUUGGGAUUAAACAAGAUGAAUAUUAUCGAGGAACGCACUUAUGAGAUUACAAGCAAAUUGGAGAAAGAGAAAUCUAACCUAUCUUUGCUGACUGAAAGACUGAAAAAAAGCUCUCAAAUCACGAAAGGCAUUGAUACGAUUCUCAAUUCGUUUGAGGAGCGUCUUUCACGGCUUGAAGACACUAUUUUACCGGUCUACAAUGAUACCGAAAAUUUACAAAAAUCACAAGUCAAUAUCGACCAAACUCUCACAUAUCUCGACGAUGUUAUAAGCUAUUACAACGUAUCAAGUGACGUUGAAAGCACAAUUGAGAAAGGACCUGGUGAGAGCGGUAUCGAUUUAGACGACUACAUCCACUCAUUAAAUCGCCUGGCGAAAGCCCAGAAAUAUUUCGAAAAACACAUCCCCCAAAGCGUGGAACUCGAAAAUGUCACCACUUUAUUUCAUAAAGGUAGCGACAAACUCAAUUCCGAAUUUAAAACAAUUUUGGACAAAUACAACACUCCAAUGCUUCCGGUCGUUCUCCUCGAUUUGAUCAAUUACGAGAAUUCUGACAACCGCGAAAAGCUCCCACCUGUUCAAAUUCCAGACCAUACGAAAGCCUAUUUGAUUAAAAUCGCAAAUUGGCUACUUGACAACGGCCGAGAUGAAUAUUUAACAGUUUAUGGUAAAGUGCGUGGGGCUGUUUUACAGCGGUCUUUGACCAUGUUACGCAACCACCAGAAGAGCGUAAGCGGUGGGAGUGUCCAUGGUGUUGCCAGUUCACCAAUGCUGCGCCCCAAAUUUCAAAACCGACAUGAAGCUAGUCGCAAGCCAUCAACGCGCCGCCUCCACCACGCCUUCGAACGCAAAGCCAAUCGCAUGCUUUUAAAAGCAUCGCAAACGCUUGAACAUUCGACAGGUUUCACUCUCGGCACCCGACGCGCCUCCUCCCACCUCGACCCCUCCUACAACGGGGAGGAGUUUGACAACGAGCAAGAACUAGAGAAUUAUCUAGUGUGCGUGAUCGCGCUACACAAACUGAUGCAAAUCGAGCAAGCCUUGAUCAAGGGCAUAAUCGCGCCAAGGCACCAGCCCCGAGUUUUCGAAUUGAUAGUCAGGGAGGCCAUGGACACAAUCGUCCAAGAUGGCGAGAAUAUAGUCUCGCGUGCGAAGAAAUGCAUCAGUCGGCACGAUUUCGGCACAGUUUUGGUCGUUUUCCCGAUUUUGAAGCAGCUGCGUUCGCUGAAACCCGAGUUUGAACGAACGGUGGAGGAGUGCGAUUUGAAUGUCAAGUCGAAGUUUGACGCCAUUUUGGGGAUGUUGCACUCGACGGGGGCGAAAGCACUCGAGGACUUCAUCGAGAGUUUACGGUCCGAUUCGGUGACGCAGUUGCCUAGCGACGGGACCGUGCACGAGCUCACAAGCAACGUGAUCAUGUUUUUGGAACAAUUGCUCGAUUAUACCGACACUAUUGGCAUGGUUCUGGCACAGGAUGUUAGUUAUUCGAGACAAUUGGACCGUUUGAAGGCCGCUGACACGAACAAGGCCCUUCUGGGCCUUUAUAUUAAGAAGGUUUUAGUGCAGUUGAACCACACGUUGAUUAGUAAAAGCGAACAGUAUAGUGACCCAGCUUUGAAGGCAAUUUUCCGCUUAAAUAACAACAAUUAUGUGCUGAAGUCGCUCCAGCGCAGCUCAUUACUGGAGUUGUACCUAAUUUCCGAACCGAAAUGUGAGGAAUAUUACUAUAACUCUAUCCAAGAACACAAGAAAGCUUACUCGCAAAGUUGGGGCAAACUCUUGAACUACAUCUGGUGUGACGACUCGCCUGUUAAUCUUUUGCACGGUGAUAAGCUCCGUGAUAAAGACAGGGCCGUAAUUAAGGAGAAAUUUGCUGGUUUUAAUAAAGAAAUUGAAGACAUCGCCAAAGUUCAGCGCGGAUAUUCGAUUCCAGACGUCGAAUUGCGCGAAAGUAUCAAAAGGGAUAAUAAAGAGUUGAUUAUUCCGAAAUACAAUUCGUUUUAUAACAUGUAUGCAGGUGUCCAAUUUACAAAGAACCCGGAAAAGUACAUCAAGCAUAAGCCUGAUGAGGUGUCCGCGGUUAUUGACCGUUUCUUUGAUGUGGCGGCCUAAAUAUAGAAUUUGAAAGUUUGAUAAAUAAAUAAAUUUUUCCGAAACUUG